UACAAACGAACGUCAAUACAGUUGGCCACCCCGAUGAUUGACAGUUGACAGAUUUGACGUCUCCUUCGGGCCAAGUUCCAGCGCAUUUGUACGAUCACCUCUCGCCGAAUUAUCCUCUAAAAAUGGCCGAUCUGGACGACUUCUUCGCCAAAAAGGAUCGAAAAAAGUCGAAAAGCACGAAGAAAUUCGCCACGACCGAAGAGGUGGCCAAAAAAUUAGAAAAAAAUGAGAAAAUCAAGAAGGAACGCCCGGGAAACGACGGGGAAGAUAACGUGACCAGCGAACAGGACCAAGACGAAUGGAAGGACUUCGAAGAGGAGAAAAAGGACUAUACGGGCUUGAAAAUAGGCAACCUCACUUCGAACCCCAACCCCGAAAAUCCCAACGCUCCCACUGGCAACAAGGAAUCCUCCGAAGAGCAACGCGAAGAAGAGCCCGGCCACAAUAUGGAGAAAAAAUCGGCGGGGCCUUGGAAACGUAUGCAGGACGUCAAAGAAGAGAAAUUAGAGGAAAAAGAAGACGUAAAGGAGAAGGAAAGGGAGAAAGAGAGAGAGAAGGACCUAUCUGUGAAUGUGUGCGUUAAAACGGGACGGUACGUGCCGCCCAGUAUGCGCUCCGGUUCUGGACAGGUUCCCGUCCAGACGGGUAGGAGUUCCAACCGGUCCAAAGCCGCCCCGGACAUUCAUAACGAGGAGUAUUUCCCUACAUUGUCAAAGAGUGAACCGAGAAAAGGUCGCAGCGAAGGAAGCUUCGAACUAGUACAAUCGAACCGAUCUAGUUACCAUAGGCAACAAGGGGAACAGUCGAAGAUCGGCCAGUCGAAUCAGGGCCAACUGAGCCUUGGCAAUCGGUUUAAUACGUUGAGUAACGACAGCUAGUGAUCACUGGAAAAAGUAUGCUUCGAAAAUCUUUUUCCAGAAACAAUACAAAAAAUAACAAGAGACAAACGCACGCGUAUUUUGUAUGUAUAACGCGGAAAAGCGGCCGGAAAGACUCGUUGUUUUUCUUCUACUACUUUUCGUGAGAGGUUAAUUAAUUAAAAAUUUAUUAAUUGUAUGUAUGUGUAAAAAAUCGUUACAAAUAUUUUGUUUGGUUAGUUAUACUUAAUUAGGAUUGCAAUUAUAAUUAACCCGACGAAAAAAUGGCUAUUUUUCAUAUCCUUUGAUUAUUUUGUAACUUUUUUUUGUAAUUGAAACAUGUACAUUUUUUGUUAGGUAAAAAUUCUAAAAUCGACUUGUUGAUAUUUUCCCUGUAAAGGUUUUGUUUCAACGACAAAAUGUGGCGAAAAUAAUUUUCAUUUUUUUUUUUCUAAAAAAAAUAGUCUAAUAAUUCUAUCCUUUUGUACUUCUUUAUCGUUACUCUUAAAAGAAAACUAUGAAUUGAAAAAGUUGAAACUUUCGAUAAAUAAAAAUAUAUGUCGUAAAACAUGUUAUAUCAAAUGGAACAAAAUUGAAAAUAAACGAAACUAUCUUUAAUGACAGUUUAAUUCUUUGAAAUUGGGGAAAGUUUGGUAAACCUGGCAAUGCCGUGUCUUCUAAAACUAGUAAAUUUUUU